GCCUAAGAAUCGAACAAAUUCGAAAUAGAAAAAAGAAGAGGCCGAAGCAGAAGCAAAAACAGAAGCGAUCGAUCGCGUAGUGGGAGGGGGGAGAUGGAGUCGGUGAAGAAUCUUCUGAAGCCGAAGCCGAAUCCGACGCAGCAGCUUCGCGAUUGGCAGCGUCGACUCCGCCAGGAGUGCCGCAACGUCGAUCGCCAGAUUCGCGAUGUGCAGAGGGAGGAGCGGAACGUGCAAAAGGCGAUCAAGGACGCGGCGAAGCGCAACGACAUGGGCUCCGCUAAGUCUCUUGCUAAGGAAAUUGUGAGAUCAAGGCGGGCAGUGAAUCGUCUUUAUGAAAAUAAGGCUCAAUUAAAUUCAAUUUCAAUGCAUCUCGGUGAACUUGUUGCGACUGCUAGGACUGUGGGUCAUCUAAAUAAGAGUGCUGAGGUUAUGAAGCUUGUAAAUAAUCUUAUGAAAGCUCCAGAAGUGGCCGUUACGAUGCAAGAGUUUAGCAAAGAAAUGACAAAGGCUGGGGUGAUUGAGGAAAUGGUGAAUGACGCUGUUGAUUCGGCUUUGGACUCAGAAGACAUUGAGGAAGAAAUUGAAGAGGAAGUUGACAAAGUGCUCUCGGCGAUAGCGGGCGAGACGGCCUCACAGCUCCCAGAUGCCGUUAGGAAAGAGAGGAUAAAGCAACCUUCAACCAGUGAGGCUGUCGAGGAGGAAGUAGCUGUCGCCGAGGGUGCUGAUGAUGAGGGAGAACUAGAAGAGAUGAGAGCACGCCUUGCGAGAGUGAGGUCGUAGAAGAGCUCAGGUUUGAGUUUUCUGCUCGCAAGGGUGAGGUCGUAGAAGAGCUCAUGGUUGAGUUUUCUAUCUGGGGGUUUGUUUGUGAUGAUAUGCAUGCACGAAUCACUAACAAAGGAAAUAGCACAUACACUUGCGUGUACUAAAUUAUUGAUAUAGUGGAGAUAAUCUUGUGUAUUCAUAUUUGGCGGAUUUAAUUGUGCUUCUUUGUUGUAUAUAGGAGAUCAUUUAUGUUUCGCAAGUAAUGUUAUUAGUUGAUCAUGAAAAUGUGGUUGCACAAGUGUCCAA